UCCAAGUGAAACUAAAGCAGAAUUCUAAUAGAUUCCGUACAAAGAAGCUGUUGGUCAUAGAAGUACGAACGCUAAGAAGUUGCUUUACAAUUAUUAUAAAAAGUUAAGAUAAGAGAACAUCGAUGAUCGCAGCAGUCAAUCUUCCGAAGACUCAACUAUCUGUCAAGCGUUUUCCAGUUUUAUGAAACUCAUUCAGAUCAAAUGGAUGAAAAUCAACAAACUCUACUGAAUACACAGAGAAAAAUUACUAAAAAAUCAAAUAAUGGGAAAACCAUUGAUUCUCAGAAGGAUGAUAUUAUUGAGGUAGAUAAUUCACGUACUGUUCUUAAAAAAAUUGCUACAUUAUAUGCAGAACGACUCAUGAAUGACAUAUGUCUAGUUGUAAAUGAUACUGAAUAUCCAGCCCACCGUCUUAUUUUAUGCGCUUCGAGCGAUGUUUUUGAAGUUAUGCUUAUGAGUCCUCAAUGGAGUGAGUCACAAGAAAGCCGUAUAACUCUUCAAGAAACACCUCAAUGUGCAGUGAUAUUUGGUGAAUUUUUACGUUAUUUUUACACAGGACAGAUUCGUAUCAGCCACUCGAUAGUUCUACCAAUUAUUUCACUUGCUGAUAAAUAUAACGUCAAAGAUUUAAUUUCAUUAUGCUUAAAUUUUAUGCAAACUCACAUACCUUUGGCAGCUGUUCAAGGAACAUUAAUAUCUUGGCUACAGUAUAGUAUCAAUUGUGGACACUAUGAAAUUACAAAAGGUUGUCAUGAUUUUAUUAAAUGGAAUAUAGAACUUGUGUCAAAUUCUUCAGAUUUUGCCAAUUUUGAAGUUGAUGUGCUUGCAUCAUUAGCACGUCAAAGUAGUCUGGUUAUUCCAGAUGAAAUGACUUUGUACAAGUGUCUUGAAACUUGGCUAGGUUAUCAAAAGCAGCGCUUGAAAAAUAGCUCAUGUGCAGCAGAUAUCGACAUAGCAUUCAAACAAAUUGUCUUUACAGUUAUGACUGCUGUAAGAUUUCCUAUGAUGUCUCCAAGACAGCUUGCGGAACUCCUUCUAUCCCCAUUAACCCAAAAAUAUAAAGAAUUUUUCGUUGAAAGGAUGGCAAUCGGAAUGUCGUUUCAUUCCGGCCAAAACUACAAAGUACAUGAAAUAAUAAAAAUGGAAGAAAAUGGUUUAUUAUUAUUUGAGCCAAGAUUAUAUACGGUAGACACGUGUAGUUCCUUAAUAACAGUUGAAAAUUUUUCUGGUUUACUUUCUUAUCACACACGAACAUUAGUUUUUUCAAGCCAAUCUUACUUGGCUGACUAUGUCGGUGAUAAAAGUUGUGAAUGGGUUGUAGAUCUUUAUCCCAAAGGUGUAUGGUUUAAGAAAUACUUCCUUAUUGUAUGGCAAGGUACUGUAGAAAUGCCAGAGUAUGUAAUACGUUCAGUUCGAUUGUCAUUAACGUGCAAAGAGCCCCCAACUGAUAAUGGAUCUGGCAUGGGAGUUAAAAUUGGAGUGCUUAUUUACGGAAUUCAAGAUGAUGUUGAACACAUAGUGACUGUCAAAGAAGUUGUUCAUAGAUUUGAUCUCAACCAUCGAGUCCUGAAUUUAGAUAACAUUAUACCUUUUGAAGACCUUAAUUUGAAGAAAGAUUCUAUAAAUACGAGUAGUGCCACUACCUCAAAAUAUCUUGUAGGGCCGAAUAAGGACACGUUAAAAUUACACGUAAUUAUUUCACCCUUAAAUCCAUUUAAAUAGGAUACUCACUGAACAGUAUUAUUAUUGUACUAAAAUAGUAAAUUUCUUUUAAU